AUGGGGGCGAUCCGCGUGCAGCUGUGGUGGGCGCCGGGGGGCGAGCUGCGGCGGCUGCAGCGCGCCAGGCUGGCCCUGCACCGCGUCGCCCGCCUCUGCGGACACCACUUUGGCCCUGCGCUGCUGCUGUCCGUGCUGCAGCACGCGGUCCAGAUGGUAACUCUGACGUACAACGUCGUACUGCUGGCACAGAGCGACCGAGACCCCACACACCAGACACGCGCUGCCACGUAUUCUCUCUGCCUCUUCGUGCUGGCUAUAACCACCAGCCUGCUGGCAAUGUGCUGGCUGUGUUCCUCUGCGGCAGACCUAGCUGACACCGUGGGCGAGCUGCUGGCGAAGCUUCAGAUCCUGUUGCAGCGAGAAACUACCUCUGACAUCCUCUGUCUGUCGAUCAAGAGAAUGAACUUCUCUGCUGCGGGCUUCUUUGAUAUUGAUCUAAGCUUAUUUGUAGCAACUAUUGGAGCUACCAUCACUUACGUUAUAAUACUUAUUCAGUUUAAGCCAUAA